AUGCCUCUCUCAAAGAAGCAAAUGAAAAGAUUUAUUGACCUCUGCGUUAAUAAUUGGGACCGUAUGAGCCAAAAGCUGAGUCCACAGAAUGAAGGACGUCCACUCUUUCCAGCACGAACAUCACUCCACGACAAGGACACAGGAGUUCGCGUAGACCAAGGAGCAAAGCAUGCCCACACUAACGACGACACCUACAAUAUCCACAUCCAAGCGAACAAUCAGGGCCGUGCCAGUCACGGUAUCUUGUUCACGGUGGAAGUUCAGCCUAGCAUGAGCAGGGCUGCGUUCAGAAGUUCGAUGGAAAGAGCGGCUCAGGACGAGGGACUGAUUUGA